AUGGCGGAACAAACAGUCACCUCAUCUUGGGCUCCUUGGGAAGCUGUAUAUCAAUGGGCGCCCUUCAAAAUCGAUGCCCUCGGUCUCGUUACUUUACUAGGAGCCGAGGAAAUCAACGCGGCCGUCGGGCGGCUCGUAAGGAGCGCCUAUCUGGAGUAUCUCCCUAUGCUGGGUGCCUUCGUCAUUGCUGGAGAUCGGUUUACCGAAAAGGCGGCCGGCUUCAACCUCUACAACAUUACCCAGGGUAUUCACACGACCGACCUCGCGGCCUGGCUGACAAGAUGGAUGCUCUCUCAGAAUUUCGAGGUCACUCGGAGCUAUGUGGUAUGGACGGUCACUCCACCCAAGUCUCGAAGGAAUGAAAUUAUCACCUCUUUCAUCAUCAGCUUUGUGUUCAAUGGUUUCCUCAUCGCGAUGACAGUCCUGUCUAGAGAUUGGUACGGCUUUGCCAACGCCCUGGCCAUGGUCGUAUCUGUAGUUGUCCGCACGUAUGUCUUGGGCCAGCAACGCGCAGCGGUCGACGCCAUGAUAGAUGAGGCUAUCAGCCACUCAACUAAAACCAUAGAGGAAGGGUCUUACGAAGCGCGGAGACUGGAAUGGAAAGAUUGGAAGGAUCAAAGGAAACAAGAGAGGAAAUCAGCCACCAGGAAUCGAAAGACAAAUGUCAACACUGUUGCAGCUACGGGCAAGAAUCCUUCCAUCCAAAGCAACUUUUCAGCCGAUCACUCUGACGAAGCUAAAGAACCGGCCGCGAAAGGUGAAGGGUCCCCUCCUAUGAGACCGAACCCAAGGCAUUUCAGCAAUGUCUGGAAGGGAGAUGAAGUCAAGGUCCUCAUCAUUCAGACAGACUCCAAGGCAGUUACCUUUUCUAUGCCCAAGGAACUCUUAAAGCCGCCCUCCGUUUUCAUCGAAGGACCCAACCUUCUGCAUCCCCAACGAUACGUUUUGGUCAGAUCGAUCGGAUGGGCAGUGUUUGCGGUGCACAUUGUUGCGAUCGGCAUGGCAGAUCUAGCAAGCCAGAUGUACACGGUGGCCCUCCUUGUGCUACCGACAAUUCUUCUUGUGCUCAAGCUAGGAUGUGAUGAUUCCAGAUGGAAGCCCACGAUUCACGAAUGGAUGAAGAGUUCCUUUGGAAGGCCUACACCCAGCAGGACUAAUGAGGCCGACGAAAAUGCAAUGUCGGACGGAUUUGUCAAGAAGCGCGAAUGUUGGAUCGGGAGCCGCUUAAGGGCGGAGAUAUAUGAGUGGCCGGCUUCGUAUGAGUUCAAAGAGGUAGGAGAAGGAAAAGAUAAAAAAUGGAUCAGUCGGGUUCCUGAGUCAGAGAAAGACCGCUCAAAGAAACGUCAAGAUCUCUAUGCUUGGCUUGCACUCGCACCCGACGAGGAGGAAUCCAUGGACAAGUGGGAUCUUUUCCCUCACAUUCGCGAGGACGACAAGUCAUGGUGGUACACGUACAAAAAGAAAAAGAACUGCUUGACGAGAAAUCCCCAUAUGGGUCCUCAGCUCAUUCGAGCGGCAGACGGAUCAAAGGCUGCUGAUGGUGAUAUUGAUGAUUUACACAGGGGCUAUAAUAAGCCAGGCAGAACCAGCACUUUCAAUUUUGUCGACGACCCUGCUACGGGGCACAAGCACACUGUUCCUCGCAGACCCAGUGUCAUGGACAGUUCUGCGUUUCCGGCUAUUAGCGAUCACGAAGCCGCAAAUGCUAAUUCAGAGAAUUCUUGCAAUGCCGAAUCUCAGCCGGAAGUUCCUCCCGAGGAUGGCCUAACGGGGUCCGGUGAUGGCGAUGCAUCCCCUCGAAUUACGCCUGCUACGAAACAAUCGACCAGCAAUGCCAAAAAGGAGAAUUAG